AUGGCGACGGUCGACCGCGAUGGCAACGCCCACCAGCUUGUGCUGCAAGAACCAGCGGCGGAUGGGGACCCCCACGGCAGGGAUCAUGAAGACGAAGAGAAGACGAGCUUGAGCAGGAGAGCGUGGGCUGAGACAAGGAAGCUGUGGCACAUCAUCGGUCCCGCCAUCUUCGGCCGCAUGGCCCAAUACACCAUGAACAUCGUCACGCAGGCUUUUGCGGGACACCUUGGGGAGGUUGAGCUUGCCGCCAUGUCCAUCGCCAUCAAUGUCCUCAUCGGCUUCAAUUACGGCCUCUUGUUAGGUAUGGCGAGCGCACUAGAGACGUUAUGCGGCCAAGCCUUCGGCGCGAAGAGAUACCACAUGCUUGGCAUCUACAUGCAAAGGUCGUGGAUCGUGCUCUUCCUGUGUUGCUUCUUGCUGCUCCCAUUCUACGUGUUUGUGGCGCCGCUCCUACAGCUCCUAGGGCAGCCGGACGACGUGGCAGAGAUGACGGGAACGGUGGCUCUGUGGCUUAUCCCGUUGCACUUCAGCUUCGCCUUUCAAUUCCCCCUGUGGAGGUUCUUGCAGAGCCAGCUUAAGACCCAGGUCUUGGCAUGGGUUUCGCUGGCCAGCCUAGCGAUCGACGUGCUCGUGAGCUGGCUCUCCAUCUACGUGUUUGACUUCGGCGUGGCGGGGCUCUGCGUCGGCUUGGAUCUCUCUUGGUGGUUCUUGGUGCUCGCGAUGUUCGCGUACACCGUGUGCGGCCGUUGCCAGCUGACAUGGACCGGCUUCUCCAUGAAGGCUUUCUCGGGGUUAUGGGAGUUCGUCAAACUGUCUGCUGCUUCCGGUGUUAUGCUUUGUUUGGAGAAUUGGUACUACAGGAUAUUGAUACUAAUGACAGGAUAUCUACAAAACGCGACGGUAGCGGUGGAUGCCCUGUCAAUCUGCAUGAGCAUCAAUGGUUGGGAGAUGAUGAUCCCUCUUUCCUUCUUUGCCGCAACCGGAGUGAGGGUGGCGAAUGAGCUUGGAGCUGGAAACGGCAGGGCCGCGAAAUUUGCAACCGUCGUGUCGGUUGUGCAAUCAACAAUGAUUGGUUGCUUCUUCUGUGCUCUCAUCAUGGUUUUGCAUGACAAAUUUGCGUAUAUUUUCGCUUCUUCCGCUGAUGUUCUUGAAGAAGUGGACAAACUCUCUUAUCUUCUUGGCAUCACCAUACUACUGAACGGCGUUCAGCCUGUUCUAUCAGGAGUUGCUGUUGGAUCGGGAUGGCAAGCGUACGUUGCAUACAUCAAUUUGGGAUGCUACUAUAUUGUUGGUCUACCUCUUGGAUUUCUCAUGGGAUGGGUUUUCCACUUAGGUGUCGUGGGUAUUUGGGGCGGAAUGAUUUUUGGAGGCACUGCUGUUCAAACGGUUAUAUUGACCGUAAUAACGAUUCGAUGUGAUUGGGAGAAAGAGGCGGAGAAAGCUAAAGCGCGGGUUGCGAAAUGGUCAACUCCAACCCUUGAAGAUGAUGAAUCAGCGGCUAGCUAAAACUCCUUAUGUGAAUUUGGCUAUCCAAAUGAAUC